AUGCCGCGAGCGGCGCAGGACGGUUUAGGCUGGCAGCAGACACCGCUGUAUUUGAUUCCGGUCUGGACGCGAAACCCUUCAACCAGCGCGAUUGAGAGCGUAGCCCGCAAGCAGCUGAAGACACCCUCCGAGGAUCCCUGCAUUGUCACCUUUCACGCCGCAGGUCUCUUCAGUAAGGUCUAUCUGAUUCGCACAGUCGGACACUCUUUCAUCAUGCGCGUCACCUUGCCCGUCUACCCUCGCCAUAAAACACGGGCCGAGGUCGUGACCUUGAGGUGGGUGCACGCAAACACCAGUGUUCCGGUCCCUAAGGUCUUUGGGUUUGACGAUAGUAAUGACAAUGAGAUCGGCUUCGAAUGGAUCUUGAUGGAGUACAUGCAGGGCACAUCGGCUCGGAAGCGAUGGCGCACCAUGUCGAUGGAGCAGAAGGUCGCGCUUACAAGGCGAUUUGCAGCCUUCCAGUUCGAGCUAUCAGGUCUUGGCAAGCAAGAACCCGCAUUCAAAAGGAUAGGAACAUUGGAUUCACCAGAGAUAGACCUUGAAGUCGAGUCUCAGGCGCCACAAACUGUGGCUUCACCUUGGCGCCUAGUGUCCCAUGAGUUCUUCAUGGGCGAUCAUCUUGAAUACGACAUCCCAAGGGGACCAUUUCGCUCGAGUCACGACUGGCUAAGCGCCGUGUUGACGAUCAUCAUACGUCAUCAAACCUUGGUUCUGGAGAAGUCUGAGGAUGAAGACGACAUUGAAGAAGCCGAGGACAUCCUGCCAGUAGCACAGAGCCUCCUAGCCCUUCUUCCCAAGAUUUUCUCCCCAGACUUGACCAAUUUGGAGCCGACAGCUCUCCAUCACCAUGACCUCAAUCUCAACAAUAUUCUAGUCAACGAACAAGGCGAAGUCACAGCUGUGCUCGAUUGGGAAUGCGUUUCGGCACUACCACUCUGGAUGAUGAGUGAAGUGCCCAAGUUCCUUGACGGUCAAUCUCGGCAAGACGAGCCACAGCGGAACUCAUACACGGACGAGACACCGAAGGAGGUUGGCACAGAAGCGGAUGAACGCAACGACUCACACGACCUGGACAACGAGGGCAAGAACGAACUAUACUGGAUUCACAGAAUGGAGUAUGAGACGACACAGCUACGGAGGGUCUACAAGACCAGAUUGAAGGAAUUGUGUCCGGAAUGGGCCGAGGAAAAGCCUCUAGAGAACGACUUCUACGAAGUAGUCUCGCAAUGCGAUACUGCCCUCAGUGGCAACGUCAAGCACUUCCAUUUCUGGCAACUUUGCCGCUCAGCUGAAAAUGGCUGUGCAUCGUGUGGUAUACUUAAGGCCGCAAUCGAUAGACUGAUCCUUCGGGAGAGCACAGACCUUCUUGCAAAGUACCGCACAUUUUCAGGCCUUCGAUGGGUGGGAAGGCCCGGCUUACUCUAUUGUCGUCUCAGCACUGGUGAAGUGCACCCUAUUCACAUACACCGAGCUUUUGGCGCGCCUUGUCCUGAGGAAUGGCAAAGUGCGUUCCCAGCUGUCUCAAAAGACCCUAUCUGGAUACAGGAUCGUAUCAAAGAGUGUGCUGAAUCCCACACGACGUGUCCAAAAUCCGAUGAGAAUCCCUUGUUGCCGACCCGAAUUCUUGAUCUCGGCUCAUCAUUUGAUUCUUCUACCCUCGAAGCCCCUGUCAAGGUCCUCAUCAAUACAGACAAUAAAAGGGGACGAUACAUUGCACUAAGCCACCGUUGGGGCAAACCCUCAUCCAUGCAGGUCAAGCUCACUACGCUUCAGCAAGUAUCAACAACGUAUUGA